AUGCAAGGCGGUUUCGUAAUGCUUCACAUACUUGUUAUUCGAUAUUCAGCAACCAUCUCUGCUUUGACCUCAGAUGAUUGCGGUGAGCGUAAAAGAACUUCGGUGAUUAAUUGGGGUCACAUAAAAGAAGCCUGUUCACUAUUCAAAACUUUCAAUGAUCGUUGUCCCGGCCUUAGUGAUCCAAAUGACAAGGUGACCUCAGGCAAAGAUCUUAAAUCAUCUGGCAGCUUUCUCGAUAAACUCUUUUCAUCAGUGUAA